GUCAAACCUGAACAUACGUUAUAGAAUUGAAUUAACACAAAAGCUUACGUAAAUAAAAUAAAUUAUAUUAAAAUGGAUGAAAUAUACAGUAAAGUUGUGUGCAGAGAGAAUCAGUUAAACGAUUUGUUCAAUUUAUUCGGAGAUGACAACGAACCAUUGCCGUGUUCUAUUUUUAUAAGUGGAAGUAUGGCAACCGGCAAAACGUUAUGCUUACAAACUGUUCUCAAUUAUUUAAGUUAUAAACAUGUAUUUGUCGACUGUAUCGAGUGUUAUUCGUCAAAGAUAAUGUUCGAGAACAUAUUGUCUGCCCUCAACGAUGAAGACGAGGACGUGAAAUGUGAAAAUUUCAUGGAUUUUAUAAACUGUUUGAACCGGCUUCAAAAUAAUUAUGAACCAAUAGUAAUUGUAUUCGAUAGAGUCGAGAGACUACGCAACAUGGAUCAGAACCUCUUGCCAGUGCUACUAAAGCUUAGAGAAUUUUGUAAAUUGAACAUCUGCACGAUAUUGGUGACGCAUUUGAUAUUCGAAAAUUUUAAUUUCAAAUUCGGUGUACGAGAGCCCAUAAAACUCUACUUCCCUAACUAUAACAAAGAAGAGUUAUUCAGGAUAAUAUUUCUCUACCAAAAAUCAUUUGUACAGCAUUUGCUGAACCAUUUUGACAUAGAAGAUGAAACAACAGAACUAAUUGAAAAACCAGAGUUAUUUGCAAACUUCUUGAAUGCAUUCUUGAGUGUAUUCUAUAGGCCAUGUCGAGACCUUAUUGAAUUAAAGCAUAUGGCACGCCUAAACUUCAUCAAAUACUGUGAACCAAUCAUAAAAGGUGAAAUACAAUCAAAUGAUCUAACUAAAUUGUGGAGACACAUCUCACCAAUCUUGAAAACAAGCCUAGAACUUUUAUACUUAAGAAUUAGUGAUAUGAGGCAAUUCAAACCUUCACCGGGUAAAGAAAACAGUGAAAGCUUAUAUGCCAAAGAAUUCUGUCUGGAGAAAACGUUAAAAGAUGAACUUUCUUCUACAAAAACAUUUGCACAAAGCUUCGAACUACCAUACUUUGCGAAAUACUUACUAAUUGCAGCAUAUUUGGCUAGCUACAAUCCGCCCAAAGAAGACAAGAGAUUGUUUAUGAAGAACCACGGGAAACAACGUAAACAAAUGAGACAAAUCAAAGCAAAGGCUAAAAUUAAUGAAAAAUUAAGUACACAGCUCGGUCCUAAAGUUUUUACUUUAGAUCGAUUGUUGGCAAUAUUCUAUGCUAUCUUAGAAGAUAAGAUCGGUUUAACCAGCAAUCUGUUGGCACAAAUAGCGACAUUAGUUGAGCUAAAAUUGAUAGCGGGAAGCAAAGAGAUAGAUUUAGAUACAGCAAAAUAUAAAUGUAUUGUUGGCUAUGAUUUCAUUUCAGCCAUUGCUCAGACUGUCGGUUUUAACAUUAGAAAAUAUUUGUAUGAUUUUAUUUGAUGUAUUGCUGUCAAGUUGCGAUACAUAUUUCUCUAAUAAACAUUUUUCUGAAACAA